UCGGUGACGCGCGACUCCAGCCAGGAGACAGACGGAAAGAGAGGCGUGCGCGUGCAGGGUGAGGACGCGGCACGAGAUUUUCCGCGCGCGAGAGGGAGAGUAAAGUAGAGGCGGAGCAUCGCCGAGCCUCUUCCUUCCCCACUCCUCCGAAUCACAAGGUUAGAUAGAAUUGCCUUUGAGACGAGAGGAUUCUUCUUCUGGCUGUUUCUUGGCGCCCGCGGCCGGACAGAUCGCCCUGCCGCGCGGCUCCACAAGUAUCUCGUGGCCGGCGGCUGCGGACCGUGCGGAGAGGGAGACUCGUGCCGGCCGAGGCUCGCGCAUCGUUUCGGCGGCGGACUCGACGGCCCCGCGCGCCUGCGCCACAUCAGUUGCCGAGCCCGUCGUCGCUUCGCGCGGACGCGCUUUGAAGCUCGCGUCCCAUGGGGUGCGUGUCGUCGAAGCAGUUCAGCAGACCCGCGCCUGGGUACGAGGAGCCCGCCGUGCUCGCCUCCGAAACCUCAUUUACGGUGAACGAGGUGGAGGCGCUGUACGAGCUGUAUAAGAAGAUGAGCUUCUCCAUCUUCAAAGACGGGCUCAUUCACAAGGAGGAGUUUCAGCUCGCAUUGUUCAGGAACAGCAAGAAGGCCAAUCUCUUCGCAGACAGGGUCUUCGAUUUGUUCGAUCUCAAGCGGAAUGGGGUGAUCGAUUUUGAGGAGUUCGUGCGGUCGCUCAGUAUAUUCCACCCUAAAACACCUGCAUCAGAAAAAACAGCGUUUGCGUUCAAAUUAUAUGAUUUAAGGGGGACAGGUUACAUCGAGAAAGAAGAGCUCAGGGAGAUGGUCUUGGCGCUUCUAGACGAGUCUGAUCUCUGUCUUUCCGACAGCGCUGUCGUGACGAUUGUUGAUAAUACAUUCAGUCAAGCAGACUCAAAUGGAGAUGGCAAGAUAGAUCCUACGGAAUGGGAGGAAUUUGUGAAGAAGAACCCAGCAGCACUAAGAAACAUGUCACUUCCAUAUUUGCAGGACAUUACCAUGGCAUUUCCAAGCUUUGUAGUUCAUUCAGAAGCCAAUGACUGAAACAUUUUGGUAGAGUAGUAUGUAAGCCAGCGCAGUUAGUUCAAUGCGCUCCGUUGUGGGCUUGUGGCUCAAUUAUCUCCGAAUUUGCUGGAGAAAGUUCAGAAUGUAGCUGCCACUGAAAUGUGGCCUAACAGGAUGAUGACGAUCAAGAGGACAUGUGAAUGAUGAUAAGCAUCAGAAGAUGACCAGUCAAUGAUUUUCUUCCCAUGUGAAGGAUUCAGAGGCUCAACAAGCUUGCUCAGCGAAGCAGUGCGAGUCAAGUUCUUACGGUGCCGACUCCUGAAAUGUUCUCAUUUUACAGCUUGAAUAUAGUUGCAAGGCCCGUCUUGCAUGUAGUUGUAAAGCAGUAUUGACUGGUGAGGAAUAGCACAUGUGGAUUAUAAUAGUCUUUUGGAAGGGCACGUAGUAAGAUGAUCAUAAUCACAUUUGAACUGAGCAUAGUUUGUUAGGUCAGGUCCUUGUGGUGAAAUAUUUUGGGUUGAGUCUUGUACUCGGUACA